GCAGUGCCCAACGCGGGCUCGGCUUCGUUUCUGGCCUGGCGAGCAGAGACCAAGAUGCGCCCGACCGCGACAGUACACGUAUCAUUGCGAUAUGCGCCGACACGCAUGAAAGUCUGCCGGCCGCGUCUAUCGUGUACCGUUCGCUUCCGCUCUUCCACCAGCGUUUCGCGCCAGGAACCUCGGAAUGAGAGUCGAACCAUCGCGCACGCCUCGGGCCCAUCCAGAACGAUCCUCUCCCAUCGCUCCGUCGACUUCUCCGGACGCAUUACGCCUAUUUCGUCGUUCAAAGGCUCGCCAUUGAGCGCCAGCUACGCGUUCGGGCUGCCGUUUCCCGAGCACGCCGUCGGUGCGCUGUACUACUGGCAUCCGCCGUCUCCAUGCACGCCUCUGGCCGGCCAAGUCCGUUUCCGCGUCCUCGACGUCAAACGAUACCAGGCCAUUUCCGCCUCCGCCUUCGCCGCGGGCUCGGACCUGCUGCUUCCCGACCGCACCCCAUGGCGCUUCGUUCUCAACAACAUCGCGAGGUGGCGGAGGUACGCCGCGUUGAAGCGGUUCCUCGUCGAAGAGGACAUCGUCUCGAACAGCACCUUUGAUAAAUGCGUCGAGGUUCACAAGAAAGGGGGCGUGGCGCGGCUCGAGCGCGCGUCGCUGCUAUUGUGCGCGAUAGGCCAGCCGUUCGCGCUCGACCUCUCGCAUUGGUACAAAAACCUGUACGCCCUCACCGACGACGACCUGAUCACCAUCAGACUGGAAAGCCUCUUUCUGGACCAUCGGGCCGGGACCCACGUCAGCCCUCACACAGGUGAAGAUCACGUUUCCUCCCGCUGCACACGAGAUCGAAAAAACCUUCUCACAAGACUCCUCUCCGUGCUCUUCGCAGGGCUAGACAUUCCCGGUCCGCGGCUCGUCAUACGCGUCCUGAAGAUCAUCGAGGAAGUCCAGACCCAGCCCGGCUACGACGGUUGGAUCCCUGCUCCCACUGAGGGUGAGCUGGUAAUGACCUCUGUUAAUGGCCACAAGCUCGCACCGUGGUCUUGCCCAGCAGACAGCCUGGGGCCUCUCCCGGAGAUCGAGUGGGGGCACGAUUGGUGAACCGGUUCAACCGGUUCAAGCAAACCGGCCGAUACAGCCCAUAGUGAUCAUGGUACUCUUGGUCGCGAUGUACAUGCAGCUUCACUGUGAUCUCGGCGCUCGUUCCCGUAGGAAACGCGCAACAAUAUUCACCAAGCAUCUGCCAACGGCGCGCAGGGGGAACGGGGCUGGCCAGAACAAGCUUGGCCCCCCACGACGGGAUGGAAGAACGGCGUGCAGGGCCCGCAAAUGGCAUAAGAGACGGGAAUGUUUCAAUGAUUGCUGGCAAGUGCAGGCUUACAGUUGAACAGCUCAUAUGCAUUGUGCGUUUAUGCAUUCUAAUGCAAUUUCCCUGCAAACGGCGGUGGUUACCCUCCGAAUCCUAUGGAAGAAGAGAUUCGAUUCAUGCAAUAUGAGGUGUAUGCAGUAUGAGCUGUUCAGCGGUAUCUCAAACAUCCUCCACGACGACAUACUUACUCACACGUAUGUACAAAACCGCGAUAAACUGGAUAAUAGGACCCCCUUGUAUAUGUUUCGCAGCACAUACACAAUAUCUCCCUAACAAG